UUUCCCCGAGUAUAAUUUAUAUUAAAUUCAGUGGAGAAUAUGAGACAUUAUUAACUGUCUUUUUUUUGUGAUAAUUCGGCGACAAUUAACCUGUAGCUUUUUUUGAACCAGCGACGAGAACUUACCAGUCCAGUAAAACUAUUAAGUAUUUUCCUUCUCCAAUAUAAAUAAUCUGGCAGUAAUAAGAUACGAUUUCCUCAUGAAUAAAAUAGGGACAAGUGAGAAUAUUUGUCACUUAUCAAACAAUAUUUGCUAAACAAGUUUUAGUGAACACAGAUAAAUGUUUAAUGAAGGAAUAUCAACGAGACGUUUCAACUGGUUUUUGCCCUGAAUGAGUGUAGCGAAAUAGGCUUUCAUUUGCAAAUAAUAAUACAAAUUUCAUGUCCAUUAUUAAACAUAAUGGACUUGACAUAAAACAUAAAUAUAAAAUAACUACAUACACAUAAAAUACAUGCAUAUAUAAUCAUAUUCAAAGUUCUUCCUAGCAUUUUCCUCUUGUGGCAAAUUUUCACAGAACAAAAUCUGAAAACAGGAAUAUUUCAAUAAAGAGUCAUAAUUAAAAUAUAAAAGUAUAUUCCUUUCAAAAGGUGUGAAGCCGGAAGCGUAGGAAUACCGCCCAGAGGGAAGCUGUCCUCGUCAGUCUGGUCCAGGAUGUGCUUGGGGUCGCAUGCGUAACCUCUGCGCUCUGGACCCCCAAGUGCUCUGUACCCCACCUCUGGACCCCACGGCUAAACCCCCCAAGGGCUCUGUACCCCCACUCCCAGUGCUCUGUACCCCACCGCUAGACACCCCCCAGUGCUCUGGACCCCAACGCUAGGCCUCUUGUGUUCUGGACCCCAGCACUUAAGACCCCCUGCGGCCUUGACCCCACUGCUGUGGACCAGAGGACGCCCCGGGCACCGCCGGGUGCACCAAGCAUGGCUCGCCUGACAAUGACCGGAUAUCUUGUGGCCAGUCUGGUUCUUGGUGUGGCUGUUGGUCCGAUCCUCCAGACCGGCGCCGACCCCAAGAACCCAACACAAGAACUCGACUGUAUUGAACAGUGCAGCACCUUUGCUAAGGGUAAGCAGGAAGCCUGUCUGGCCGGCUGUCUCAACGUUCACAAAUGCCUUUACGAACAUGAGGGUAAAAAUCUCAGUGUAACUCAAGAAGAUUGUGUGCUCACCUGUAGACGUAAAUGUGACGAUUAUUAUGAAAGGUUUUCGCCGCCAAUGUGGGCUUGCAGAGUUGGAUGUACAGCUCCAGAACGCCUCAUCUCGGGUGUGACAGUGCCAGAACAACACUUCAUUGACUCUUAUAUUCUGAGUGAUGACCCUGACCCGGAAUCAACCAAGCCAAAGGAACCGGUUGGCGUUGUUCACGAAUCUACUCAAAACAUAUCUCUCACACUUGGAGGAGUUGUUCUAACUGAUGAAAAGUCAACCCGUUUAUUAUCUCCGGAGGAGAUAGAAAAUGAAAAGAGCACCAGAGAACAGAACACCGAGCAAGCCAAAAAUAUAUCAAUUGAUGUUCAAGGACUCAUUGGAAAUGUCUCGAAAAUGCACGAAAGUGUCACAGAAGAGGGAAGUACGACGCCAGUUGAGAGAAAAAAGGACGAUGCUGAAAACAUCUCUCUUGCUAUUCUAGGUUCAAUUAACCGAACAGGUUACGGGACAGAAGUUGUUACCAAACUGACUACUGAAGGAGAGACAGCUCGGCCUACCGGAAUUGGAAGUUGGGCUGAAAAAUUACCCAAAAGACCUGAAAGAGAGACUAAGGCCGAAUUAAAACCAGAAGUGAUCGAAGCUGGCAAGAAGGGAGAGGAAAAAGCUGAAAAGAAGGGUGAGGAAAAAGCUGAAGAGAAGGGUGAGGGAGAGGUAAAAGUUGAAGAAAAGGGUAAAGGGAAGGGUAAGGGAAAAGGAAAGGGUAAGGGAAAAGGGAAGGGUAAGGGAAAAGGUGGAAAGAAGGGAGAGAUAAAACCUGGAGAAAAAGUUGAGGGGGAAGCAAAACCUGGAGAGAAAGCUGGAGAAAAGGGUGCGGUGGAAGCAAAACCUGGAGAAAAGGGUGCGGUGAAAGCAAAACCUGGAGAAAAGGGUGCGGUGGAAGCAAAACCUGGAGAAAAGGGUGCAGUGGAAGCAAAACCUGGAGAAAAGGGUGCGGUGGAAGCAAAACCUGGAGAGAAGGUGGAGGAAAAACCUGGGGAGAAGGGGAAGGGGAAAGGUAAGGGGAAGGGAAAAGGUGAAAAGAAAGGUGAAGGGGAGGUAAAACCUGGAGAAGAAAAGGCUGGAGGGAAGGGUAAAGGGAAAGGAAAGAAGGGUAAGGGAAAAGGUAAAAAGAAGGGAAAGGGAAAAGCUGGAGAAAAGGGUGCGGAGGAAGCAAAACCUGGAGAGAAAGCUGGUGAAAAGGGUGCGGCGGAAGCAAAACCUGGAGAGAAAGCUGGUGAAAAGGGUGCGGCGGAAGCAAAACCUGGAGAGAAAGCUGGAAAGAAGGGUAAGGGGAAGGGCAAAGGAAAGAAAGGAGAGAAAAAGAAAAAAGGGAAGGAAGGAGCUGGGGCACCUCCAGCUGCGGGAGCUGGGGCACCUCCAGCUGCGGGAGGUGGGGCACCUCCAGCUGCGGGAGCUGGGGCACCUCCAGCUGCGGGAGCUGGGGCACCUCCAGCUGCAGGAGCUGCACCACCUCCAGCUGCGGGAGCUGGGGCACCACCACCACCAAAGGUUUAAAACCACCAUUGGAAAAGAGAAAGAAGACAGAGAGCAGUAUGGAAACAACGAGUGUGGGGUCUUGAAAAUCUAGGCACAAGUUUACGGGAAGUUAAAAUUAGCAAUUUAAGAUGAUAAAUAUUAUUUGUUACUUGUAUUAACAUUGCCCAACCACUUGGGCUGGACGGUAGAGCGACGGUCUUGCUUCAUGCAGGUCGGCGUUCUAUCCCCAACGGUUCAAGGGGUGUUGGGCACUAUUCCUUCCCUCCCUGUCCCAUCACAAAUCCUUAUCCUGACACCCCUUCCCAGUGCUAUAGUAAUUGCUUGGCACUUUUCCUUGAUAGUUCCCUUCCCUUUGCCAUGUAUUAACACAUUGGAAACAAUAGGAUCACAUUAGCAAAACCCUGUAUUUAAUUAUAUUUUAAACGAAAUGUUAUUAUAAUAAAAGUUCAUAAGUGAUCUCUAAUUUAUUAUGACUAUUACUGAGUUAACGAGUCUAAGUAGGCUCUAAAGAGCUUUAGGUUAUCUUAAAUCCCAUGUUAUUUGUUUUACAGACAGCUGGAAUUAGACUUCGUGUGUGUUGUUCUAAGUUAUAAACUCCUUGUUUGACUAUACAAAGUAGUGGCAUGUUUACCUAUUGAAACUCUUCAGCAUACAAAUUAUGUUUAUAAAUGCCUUACAAUAUAGGACUAUAGAUAAAAAAAGAACGCUUUUAAUAAUCUUUUGGUACAUUUCUUAAAUUAAAGGAAUUGCAUUUUUGUUUAUCAAUUAUUUAAUACAUUUUCAGAUUUGUAUACAAGUUUACUUAUUAAUAAAGAUAUAUUGUUUUUAAUAACUAACUCAACCACAUUGCCUAUAGUUCACAGAUGAUUAUGGUGAGACUUUGUUUCAUGCAUUUCAUAUUUUUGUAAUUAUUCUUAAGUUUAUUGAUAACUUAUGUAAAUAUUUGUUUUUGCAAGGAUAUAAUGUAAUCUUCAUAUAAUAAAGGCAAUUUGAAUUAUACUGUA